AUGGGAGAGAUGAUGAGCAGAUCUGAGCUUCGGUGUGGAGAAGAAGACGUGACGGCAAGCAGGUAUGGGCUUUGUUGUGGAGAGGACGACGGGACGGCGAGCAGGUCCGAGCUCCAGUGUGGAGAAAACCCGACAACAGCAGGUCCGAGGUCUAUUCUGGAAAAGACGAUGACAAGCUCCGGUGAAUCUGAGAUUAAAAAGUUGGAGAUCUAA